AUGUUGUCCAAUUAUGAAGAAAACAAUACUUCAGCAAUUAUCGAACCUUUGGCUAGGGGAGUAUCUGCUAUUAGAUUCGAUUCAGGACCACCAGAAGCUUCACCUCUACCAUCGAAUCAUCAGAGCGAACAGACUGAAGCGAAUCUCCGAUCGCUAAAUGCGAAUGGAAACAAUAGUGUCAUUCCAAAAGCAACAAAUGCAAAAGGUAGCAGCUCAAACACAGAUGAAACGGAUGCUGCACAACGCACGAGAUUGAAAGUAUUCUAUACUGAGAUUGAAGAUGAAUUUUGGAAAUAUUGGCAAUACAUUUAUGAAGAUAGGUUGCCAAAAAUGUUGGAAAGAAUUACCAAAUGUUUCGACGACAAACAAGCACUGCAAAACCAAACUAAAGAUGCCAUUAAACUUUCGGAAAAAGAAUAUAAAUUUAUAGUCCUAAGCUUGAUAACAAUUCAGCAAUACAAAUUAGAUCGCCGCGGAGAAUCUUUAGCAAAUGGAUCAAAGUAUGAAGUCGAAUAUAAAGCGUCUCCACCAUUGAAUGACCAUGAUGCAUUGAAACUGGUAGUUAGUUUUGGAAAAGAAACAUUUCAUAUUGUAUCGAACUAUGACGCGAAGAGCAAUUCACAUCAACCGGGAAAUCACAUUUUGCGCCACUCAAUACGUGAACCAUUGUCCUACAAAUCAAAGCCACCUAAGAGGGGCCCAAAAGAUCCAGAGGUUAUGCUUCUAUUUCUUCUAGAGAUUGUACGUCGCCGCGUUAUUGAUCAUCGUCAAGAUAAACAGUAUGGGGGCCUGAAAGAUGAUUUUCAUGAUUUACCAGUGGGGCUAGGCAUUGCUAUGGCUUAUGAAUUUAUGAAGAAGGACAAGUUUUUUGAAAAUUUUUGGAAAACUGACGGAAAAUAUCAUAUGUUUACUGGAGACAAAACAUUACGAUGGAACGCUUUUUGGGCUAUUCAUGAACAUUACAAAAAUGAACAUCUGAAAUCGACACCACCAGAGAUGAUAAAGAAGCUCUUGACUGAGCGUAUGACGCGAUUGUAUUCAAACUGUUGGAAUGAGUAA